AAACACACUCCCGAGUCACUUAGCCAGCAAAGUAUGGCUAUGAAGAACCAGAAAACAUGCUUCGUCACCGUCGGCGCAACAGCAUCCUUCAGUGGGCUGGUGAAGGGCGUCUUAGCACCUGAUUUCUUGCGAGCGCUGGAGCAGCAAGAGUAUACAGAUCUGCUAAUACAGUUCGGUCAAGAUGGACGAGAGGUCUUCAAUGAGCACAUCACUGCAGCUAAGAACAGCGAAAGCGGAAGCGUUCUCAACAUAACAGGAUUUGCGUUGGACAAAGCAGGACUUGGAAGAUACAUGAGACAGGCGAAGGGGUUGGCAGCAAGAGAGGGAGUUGUGAUCAGCCAUGCUGGAUCUGGAACGAUUCUUGACGCUCUGCGUAUCUCGGUCCCGUUGGUUGUCGUACCGAAUGAAGAACUUCUAAACAACCACCAGGUUGAACUCGCAGAGGCUCUAGCAGAGCAAGAAUAUGUUGUGCAUGGGAAGUUGGACAAGCUAGCACAGGUGCUGGAAGACGCAGAACAGCUUCGAGCAAGGCACAAAGCAUGGCCCCCAUCCAAUGCUGGUUACAUGAGGCAGCCAAAGGGUCUGAAAGGCGUGGUGGAUGACGAGAUGGGGUUUUUGGACUGAUUGGAAAGACUGUAAAGAUAUUGUGCAACAGCAAAAAUGCCUCAACACUGCACUUGAG